AUGAGCACAUUCCCAAGCAAUCCCACAAACUUUAGGAGCAGAACUUUAAACAGCUCUACAAAAAAUACAAAUAUAAAUUAUAAAAUAAAUUCAUAUACUAAUGAGAGUUUGAUAUUUUGCCCAGCAUGUAAUAUACCAUUUAGUACAAGACUUCGAAUAAAUCCAUGCUAUCAUACAGUUUGUGGAAAAUGCUAUGAAGCAUCUUUACAAAAAAAUCAGAGCUGUAUAAUAUGUUAUACCGAAAUAAAUGAUGUUGAUUUUAUUUUUCAAAAUGAUAAUAUAUAUAUAUGUCCAUAUAAUUUUUGUAAAAAAGCUUUUUUAAAUUUAAAAAGUUAUAAUUAUCAUAUUUAUUUUAAACAUGAAUUUUUAAAGGAACAUGAACAAGAUCAUGAAUUAAAUUGGGAUAGAGAAAAUGAUCAUUUAUUUUCAAACAAUAAUGAAUUUGAAAAAGAUGAUUUUACUAACUAUGUAAAUGGACAUGAGUUUGAAAAUAAAUCUGCAAUAGAAUUUCAAAAUAUAGAUGAAGAUGGUAAUUAUAUAUAUGACCCUGUUUUAGAUAAAAAAAUAAAUCAUGAUUAUACAAAAUUAGAUCAACCAAGUAAUAGUAAUAUUGAUGUGCUAAAAAUAAACAAUACAAAUUUUAAUAUAAAAAAUAAUCCAUUCCUUAUAAAGAAUAACACUACUAAUGAAAACACAUCAACAAAGGCUAAUAACAAAAUGAAUAUCCCAUUCAUAAAUAAUAAAGUAAAUGUCCCAGAUAAUUGGAAUUUUACAUCUAUGCCAUUUAAAUCAAAUUUUAGUAUACCCUCGAAUGAAAAAUAUAAUACAAACAAUACUAAUACAAAAAAAAAUACUGAACCUAAAGAAGAGGAUGAUUAUGAUAACUUAGAUGAUUUAAUGUAG